CUUGGAAUUAUUCAAUUAUUCGCAACUGAGAUCUGAACCACACUCUUUUACUUUCCUACUCUUUCAUCCAGUUCCAUCCACUCCCUCAUCCAUAAACACUUUUCCUAACACUCAAUUGCAUCCAUCCCGCACCAGCAUCUGUACACUAGACCUCAUCACCCCAACCCCAACCCAUCAUUCGUAUUCUACCCUUGCGACUCCGCGACACUAAUCAGCCAUACUACCCUCCACAAAUUUCUCACCCCCAAAGACCAAAAAAAAUGUCCAUCCGCACCCUCUCGGACACCGACUUCGAAGACAGCACGCUGAAGCGCGCGCGCACGGACCCGACCGCGCACCGGCUCUGCUACGACUGGAUGAUCGUGCAGGGCAACUGCCACUACGCGCGCGACCGCGCCGCCUUCACGAGCUACCGGCCCGUGACCACCGUGCGCCUGCAGACCAACAUCUUCAACCCGAUGGAGGAGCUGGAGGUGGCCGGCGUCGGCACGGUGGAGAUACCUGUGAUGCGGUCGCUGACGGACCCCACCAACCCCAACCACAACCCGUUCGACAACACCCAGUCCAACACCAACACGCACACCCUCGUCCUCGAGAACGUCCUGCACAUCCCCGAGGCCGUCUGCAACGGGUUCAAUCCGCUGCUGUACGGGAGCAGCAUGUCGUGCACGGCCGAGAGCUGGACGGGCGCGGAUCGCGCGGGCACCCCGCUGUGGGUGGCGACCCCCUUCGCGGGCGGGUCGCGGCUGGUGCUGGCCGGCGCGGCGGCGCAGCUGCAGCACCAGCAGGGGGUCUCGGAGCUGAUUGCCGGGCGGUAUUAUACGCUGAGUCUGUAUAUUAGUCCUGCGGAGAAGGCGGAGUUGAUGGGGUAAAGAUGGGGAGAGGUUGUUUGCCGCAGAGAUGGGAAAGUGAUUGUGGCAACCGAGGGAGAAAAGGGAAGAGUGAAUCCUGUUGGGGCGAGGCAGGAGGCAACAUGACAGGUGACUGUCGGCUCGUCUGUACUGUACAAUAUAUUAUGAUACCUAUGAUAGAAUAUAGCAAAAAAGCAAUACGAUACGAUUCCGG